GUUACGGCUACUCACAUGACCCGGAAGUGCUUCUGUCCGCCAAACAACACUUUCCGGCUGAUCAACCUUCCUCCGUCCUCCUGCUCUGCUGCGUCCUCGCCUCGCGUUUAAAUGGCAUUAUUUUCGCUAAGAUGCUUCACACAAACCAGUCGGUGGUUGCGUUUCUCCCGCGUUCCUGCCUUGAAAUUCCACAAGUCUUCCAUGAUGGGUGCGACGGUGGAGCAGUUUGAGGAGGCCAAGAACAGAAUGUCCACGUUGAAGAACGAUCCUGGGAAUGAGGUCAAACUAAAGAUCUAUGCUCUAUUCAAGCAGGCUACACACGGUCCAUGUGACACCCCCAAACCCGGAAUGCUGGACUUUGUCAACAAAGUCAAAUGGGACUCAUGGAAAUCUCUGGGCACCAUAACACAGGAAGAGGCCCGGCAGCAGUACUGCAACCUGAUUGUCUCCCUGCUGGCAAAAGAAGGCGGCAGCCCCGCCCAGGAAGUGUCUGCUCAGCCGGCCGCCAGCAGCAACACGUACACGACCUUACUGGUCAGCACGCAGGACAACAUCACCACCAUCCAGCUCAACAGACCCGCCAAGAAAAACGCCAUCACCACUGAGAUGUACGAGGAGAUCAUUGAUGCUCUGCAGCAAGCAGCUGAAGACACUUCUGUUGUCCUCACUGUCUUCACUGGUGCAGGUGACUUCUACUGCAGUGGAAACGACCUGAGUAACUUCACCAAGAUCCCAGAAGGAGGUGUGGAGCAGAUGGCCAAAGCAGGCGGGGAGCUGCUCAGGAGGUACGUGAAGGCUUACAUUGACUUCCCCAAGCCGCUGGCGGCUGUGGUCAACGGUCCAGCUGUGGGAAUCUCCGUCACCAUUUUGGGGAUGUUUGACCUGGUCUACGCCACAGAGUGUGCGACCUUCCACACUCCCUUUAGCCAACUUGGUCAGAGUCCAGAAGGCUGCUCAUCAUACACGUACCCUCGCAUCAUGGGGGCCAGCAAGGCGUGCGAGAUGCUGCUGUUCAACAAGAAGCUAACGGCGCUGCAAGCGUGUGAGCUGGGUCUGGUCACAGAGGUGUUUCCUGACAGCAGCUUCCAGUCAGAAGUGUGGAGGCGACUGAGGAGCUAUGCUAAGCUACCUCCAAACUCUCUGGCGCUGUCCAAACAGCUGAUUCGCUCGGUGGACAAGGACCGCCUCCACGCCGUGAACGACGCCGAGGUGGAGCGUCUGAUGGAGCGCUGGAUGUCGGACGAGUGCUUCAACGCCGUCAUGAGUUUCUUUCAGGCCAAAGCCAAGCUGUGAUCACAUGACUUGGACAUUGUGUCCUUUUCACUAACAUGAAGGAUCAAGUGCCUCUCCUCACGCAUCAAUGAACUCUUUUUUUGUCUAAUAAAUGUCUGCUAGUGAGAAACAGC